UUGCAGGCUGCCACACAUCUUCCAAUUUAUGUACCUCCCUUCUCCUCUUUCUUCAGGCUAUACGCCAUGAGAAGAAAAACACUCAACACAAGAAAUUAAGUAAAAAAUCUCCUUUUGAUCUUUUCUUUCUGCUCAGUGUUGUCUCUCUCUCUCUCUCUCUCUCUUAGUUGGGUUGGGUUCUUCACAAGUCACUACACAAGUUGAUAUAUUUUUCAGAAGACUGGCUUUUGGAUCUUAGUUAACUUACAUUAAAUUUUGCCACCUAGUCUUCUCUUUUAGAUGGGUAAUGACUUCAAGGGUUGACAUGAUAUGCAUUCAUGGCUUCACUUAAUUCAUAUAAGUACACCACAACCACCACCUUGCUUAUCAUUGUUCUCUUGCUUCAUCUUCUCUUUCCAGUUUCUAGCUCAAAUAAUCAGCCACAACCAUCAAUAUUUCCCCGGGAACUGUUAUUUGAGGAGAAAAACAGGCUCGGUUCAAUUCCUCCUAGUUGCCACAACAAGUGCAACGAUUGUCAUCCAUGCAUGGCUGUACAGGUGCCAAGCUUGCCUAGCCAUGACUCGGUUCUACCAGAUCUUACCAAAACUGCUGCCGUGGCAACUUUUCUUAACCCAUCUACCCAAGGUAACAGGUACUCCAAUUACAAACCUUUGGGGUGGAAAUGCCACUGUGGUGACCACUUCUUCAACCCUUAGAAAUUGUAUACACCCCUCAUGCUGGAGAUUAUCCUCACCUUGAUUUGUAAAAUGGAAAUUACCAAUCUUUUUUUUUUAUUUUGUUUCGUUGGUUUAAUUAUUAUUAUUAUUUGUGUUCUAGGAGGUCCAUGGUUAUUGCUUAGGUAGCUAGGGCCACAGAUAUGCGUCA